GAACAAUCGAGACCAAGAUGACUUUUGCGUGGAAAACCGCUGGUUUGACUUACAACCGGUAUCUGGCCAUCGCCGCCAGAACCGUCCGACGCUCGCUCAAGCCGGAAUUGAGACUUAAGGCAGAGCGUGGAGCCUCAGAGAUGAAGUUCGCCAAGUGGGAGAACGGAAGACAGGGCGAGUUCCAAAACCUGGCCAAGAGCGAGCAAGCUCCCGCAGACGCUACGUCGGCGCAAAAAUAGAUUUAAAACCGAGAAACGCCAUGUAUUUUCUUACCGGGCGAGCGAUGAGAACUUCAGAUAAGCGACGGGGCAAGCGCUAUUUGUACAUUUUGAUGGGCGAGACACACGAUACCGAUUUGUUUCCCAGGUUCAUCGACGGUUAAAUCAAACAUUUCUAUAAACCUCCUAAGCCCAAAUUAAAUAAAUAUUUCCGGAUUAGAGCGAU